AUACUGUUGAAGACUGGACGUGGGUAGCUGGUACUGAUUUGCCUAUAUUUCGAAAUUUUAGUUGGAUUACCAAUGGAAGACCUGUGCCUUUCUGGUUGUGGUAUCCACAAGAACCGAACAAUAAUGGCGGAAAUGAGAGAUGUUUGCACUAUCGGAAUUCAUUAGGUGAACCAAAAUGGAAUGAUUUAGACUGCAAUCGACAAUUGUUUUACGCUUGCGAAGAUAAACAGACCACAUGUGCAACUGCGGUUGCAUAAAUAUGAGAGUUCUAUUUUUAGGUUUAUAUAUGUAUUAUUAUCAUUUCUGAAUAUGUAUAUACAAACUAGUUUGGGGUCGACACAACAAAUGGGUAGAUAAUAACAAAGUUUAAUUAUUUUAAACAAAAGUUUUGACAUAUUUUGAUAAAUUUCUUUACUCGAACAGUGGAAAACACAAUUAUCUACUAAAAAGAUUCUACGUAAUCAAAUAAGUUAAAAAAAAAAGUCACUCAAAUUUUAUUUGAAGUUAUUGACACUAGUAUAUGUUUAAAUAAUUGAUUACACAUCGGGAAAAACCUUUAGAUUUAUUUAUUACAUAUUUAUCACUCUAAAAAACUUCGUAGUCAAUAAUAAUGUUUUAAUAAGUAUUCUGAAUGAAAUCCUGUGAGCCGGAUGACCUAAGAUGACUUUAAUUAAAAUAUUAAUAAAACUGGUGGGGCUUCCAAGGUCAUUUGACAGUUUAUAUAAAUACUGGCUGUAAACAGAGCAAUCGCUUAUAAAAUUAAUAUUCAAUCAAACACAAUGCGUUUCAUUACUGUGUUUAUAUUUGUUAUUUGUUUAGUUUUUGCGGAAUCAGCUAAAAAUUAUAAACUUUUUAGAGUCAAUAAGCUCAACUGGCAUGCAGCGUUUCAAGAUUGUUUAACGCGUGGUUUGCAAUUGGCUACGAUCAACUCUGCAGUCGAUCAACGUGAAUUUGAUGCAGUUCUAGAAAAUUCACAUAUGGUAAAUUCAUGGGUGUGGACUUCGGGCACUGAUCAAUCUGAGGAAGGAGUCUUUAUUUGGAUGAGUACGGGACAACCGUAUACUUAUACGAAGUGGCGCGAAUCGGAACCAAACAAUUUACGAGGAGAUGAACAUUGCAUGGUUGUAGAUUGGGUGGACAAGAAUACUCCAGCGUAUUGGAACGAUGGGCGUUGCAGGUAUAAAUUGCCGUAUGUUUGUGAGGACAAAGCCGAAACCAAUAAUGUUGUCAAGAUAGAUUUGAACGUCGACUAAUUUUACUUAUAACGAUUUAUUUACAACCAAUAAAAUAUUUUUGUAGAAA